ACUCUUUCCCCUCCCUUUCUUGAGCUGGACAUGCACUCUUAUCAAGAUCGAAUUGUGAUCCAGUGUAAUGAAGGCUCAGUUAUUGCCUUCUACUCUGUCGUUGGCUACAUGGGCCUUUUGGCAGUUAUUAGUUUCUUUAUAGCUUUUCUAGCCAGGACAUUACCGGACAGUUUUAAUGAGGCCAAGUACAUCACCUUCAGCAUGCUG